AUGGUCAGUUGCCUCUCUUUUCGUUUGGAUGGGAUGCCUGUCAUGGUGACAGGAAGUACAAAGGGACACAUAGUAAUGUGGAAUUUGGAAGAGAAAAGAGUAAUGUCUCAGAUCCAGUCUGCACAUUCAUCUAGUAUUGCUGGAAUGCAAUGUCUAAUGUCAGAACCAUUGAUGGUCACUAACUCUCAAGAUAACUCCUUAAAAAUGUGGAUAUUUGAUAUGUCUGAUGGUAGUGCAAGACUUUUAAAAAAAAGGGAAGGCCAUUCACUUCCUCCAAACUUAGUGAGACACUGCGAACCUACAGGCGAAAAUCUUUUAGCAGCUGGAAGGGAUAGCAGCCUCCAUGUAAUGAAUACUGUCACUGAAACUUUCAAUAAAAGUAUGGGAAGGGCAUCUUACAACAGGAAGGUUUCCAAAAAGAAAAAGAGACUUCAGACUGAUUACCUUAUUUUGCCAUCUAUUAUCAAGUUAAGUUCCUGCAUGCAGCGAGAUAAACAGUGGGAUAGCAUAGCAUCCCUUCACGACGGCAUGUACAUGGCCACUACCUGGUCUUAUAAUAAGAUAUGUAUGGGCCAACAUAAAUUAAAACCUCCUGAAAUGGAAAAAGGUGUCCAGGCUACUUGCUUGACAGUCACACACUGUGGUAAUUUUGUUGUAAUAGGAUAUAGUAAUGGACAAGUACACAAGUUCAAUAUGCAGUCUGGUUUGCAUAGAGGUUUCUAUGGCAAGGAAAGGAAGCUUGCACAUAAAGGAGCAAUUAGAGGUGUAGAAACAGAUCUUUGCAAUCAAAGAGUAAUUACUGUAGGGGCAGAUGACAAAUUAAAGUUUUGGUAUUUUAAAACAGCUACCAACCCAUUCCAUGUUUUAAAAUUAGAAGAAUCUGUUAGUAGUACUAAAUGUCAUAGGGACAGUGGACUGUUGGCGUUGGCAAAUGAAGAUUUUUCUAUAACCUUGGUUGACAUAGAUACAAUGAAAAUUGUUAGAAAGUUUGAGGGCCAUGUUGGAAAAAUAAAUGAUAUCGAUUUUGACUGUCAAAGCAGG